GUGAACGUUUGACUGCGUGGUUCACAAAAAACCUUUGCAAGUAUGCAAAUUCAACAAAUGCAUGAGCUGAUGGAUGAAGAUUCAUCUGAGUGUGGAAAAGAAAAAAAAAAUAGUCCAAACAGGCCACAAAAAGAAAAGAGAAGCCGGUCAGAUGUCCUCCACGAUACCCUCUGUCCUGCUGAACACGGGGGUUCAGAUGCUCCUGGGUUUGGGGACCUACAAGUUGGCAGGUCCUGAAGAAGUCUACCGGGCUGUGGAUGCAGCACUGGUCGCUGGUUAUCGAUCCUUCGACAGCGCGGCCGUCUACAGGAAUGAAGCUGAAUUGGGCCGAGCGCUCAAGGAGCUCCUGCCUAAACAUGGCUUAACCAGAGAGGACGUCUUCAUCACCAGUAAGCUGGGCCCCAAGGAUCAGGGUGAAAGAGCCAUGCAAGGCGCCCUUCACAGCCUGUCUCAGCUGGAUUUGGGUUACAUUGACCUCUACCUGAUCCACUGGCCUGGCACACAGGGAAUGGAUGUGACCGACCAACGCAACCCAGGUAACAGAGCUCAGAGUUGGGCCACGCUGGAGGAGCUGCACGCCCAGGGGAAGCUGAAGGCCAUCGGAGUGUCCAACUACACACCAGCACACAUGAAAGAACUGAUACAGAGCUGCAGAACGCACCCUGCUGUGCUACAGGUAGAGUUUCACCCUCAGCUGUGCCAGACGGAGCUGAGGAGUGUGUGUGAGGAGUACGGAGUGUGUUUCCAAGCCUACUCCUCCUUGGGGAAAGGAGAGCUGACUGCUCACCAUGUAGUCAUGGAGAUAGCAAAGAACUGUGGGCGUACACCUGCACAGGUUCUUUUGCGCUGGGCGGUGCAGCAGGGCGUCCCAGUGCUCCCCAAGUCGUCCAAUCCGGACAGAGUUAAGGAUAAUGCCAGGAUUUUUGACUUCACACUGAGUGACUCAGACGUGGACAGACUUUCGGCUUUGGACUGUGGGCACAAGUACUGCUGGGAUGCAUCACAAGUGGUUUGACGGACCCCCGAUUGGAACAAUUGUUAUUCUCCACAGUUACCCCUGGAGGUGGCUGUUCUUCAGAUCUGACUGGCAGUAAAGCCGUAUUGAGAAACCAACAUUACUAAGAGUUGAAGAAUGAAGAAUGAAGACAUUAAUAGCUCAGUUGAUCAAGCUACUUGGCAUUACCAGGAUUUUAAUUGACAAACGCACCUGCGAAAGAAUCAGGGAUUGAAUCAAAUGAAUCAACUGAGUGUUAUAGAAAAUGACAAUAGAGAUCUAUUCUUUUUUUUUUUUUUUAAAGAUAUUUUUCAGGCCUUUUUUCCUUUACUAGAGAGGACAGCUGAAGAGAGAUGGGAAAUGUUGUGAGGAGACAGUGGGGGAUGACAUGCAGCAAAGAGCUUACAUCAGAUUCAAACCCACUGCAGCUGCGAUGAGGACUGUAGCCUCUGUAAAUGGGCCGAAUGACAAAACCGCUAGGCCAUUGGCUCCCUCAGAUCUCUUCUAUUCUUCAGUCAUAUUUUACAUAAAAACCUGAAACACUGAAA